AUGUUUAUGUUUGGGAAUAUGUUUGGUGCCAGUGCUCUUACCUAUGCAUCUGACAGCCAAAAAUAUUUGACGAUGCUAAAUUUCAGAUUUGGAAGAAAACCAAUUGUUAUUUUCGGUAUGAUAAGCUUACCUUUCACAAACACAAUUUCGUUGUUAUUUGGUGUCAAAUAUCUCCCAAUUAGUCGUUUUUUACAAGGCCUUUUUACUCCGGCUUUGUUGUUGGUUAUGUGGGUGCAAGCCUAUGAGUGUAUUCCAGUAAAACUCCGUAAACACGCUGCAUUUUCAUUUGGAGUCUUUUGGGUUUUUGGUUACUGUGUCGUUGCUCCAAUUGCAUAUUAUUUUCCAGACUGGAUCUUACUUAGCACAAUAAAUACUGCUCCGACUGCAAUUUUUGCACUAGUUUUCAUCUUCAUAUUGCCAGAAAGUUUUCAUUUUCUGGUUUUGAAAAACAAAGAUGAUCAAGUCCGAGCGUGGAUUAAUAAAGCCAAGCGUUAUAAUAUACCAAAAAUUACACUGUCUGCCGAUGAAAUAAUGUAUGAAACUGUGUUACGAACCAAAAAAACUGGUCAACCGAAGCAGUCAGAAAGCGAUAAAUCCUGGACAUGCGAUACGUUUGUCUAUUUUGGAUUAUCACUGUAUACGACACAUUUGGCUGGAAAUGUUUAUUGGAAUUAUACACUUUCCGGUCUCAUUGAGUUACCAGUAUAUAUUCUGUCACCUUGGGCGCUUGAACGUUUUGGCAGAAAACCGGUGGUCGCUAUAACACAUUUUCUCGCUGGAAUAUCUUUGGCAGCAUUUAUCGUCAUACCAGAUGGUCCUGGCUGGAUACCGACCAGUUUUUGGCUUUUGGGAAAAUUUUCAAUAUCAUGUUCUUUUAUGAGCAUUUUUGUAUACUCUAGCGAAGUGUUUCCAACAUCAAUCAGGAAUACCUGUAUUGGUUCCUGUACUAUUUUGGCUCGUAUCGGUGGUAUACUGGCACCCUAUGUUCGGCAUCUUAGAUCAAUUGUCAUAUUUCUUCCAAUGUUAUUUUUUGGUAUAUUAUCGGUAAUCGCUGGAUUUUUGACACUAUUUUUACCGGAAACACGUAACAAACAUUUGCCGUCAUUAUUAGACCAAAUAGAUGGACAAAAAAAAACGGAACUUUAA